UUUAUACAGGUUACACUAUCCAGUAACAUAAAGAGUUCUCUUAAUUUAUCAUCUCAUUUUACCAUUUCCUUAUCAUGAGAUCCUUGAAAACACCCUAACCCAACUUGUAUAUUUACAGAGUGCUCUACUAGCAGCGUUGCCAUAUGUCGGUAUGUGGUUGGGGAGCACCAUCUCCAGCGCGAUCUCAGAGAAGAUCUACAACAAAAAUUUGGUGACUGUGACAACAUUGAGAAAAGUGUUUCAAUCGAUAUCUUUAUUUGGCAUCGCAAUAGCGUUGGUGGUGCUCUCCUUCUUUGGCCCAGAACAAAAAUAUUUGGCUGUAGCAACAGCAGUAGUUUGUUUAACUGCGGAGGGGUUCAGCACAGCUGGCUUUAUCGUUAACCAAUUGGAUUUGUCGCCGAAUUAUGCUGGUGUCAUUAUGUGUCUGUUGAACUGCAUUGUUACUUUGAUAUGCGCUGUCAUUCCAAUAAUAACAAGUGCUAUUUUACGAAACGACUCAGUGAGUAAUAUUCCUUAUUGACGUAGCCGAAUGGUUCGCAAGCCGGUUUCAAGAUGUAGCCAUCAAGAA